AUGAGCGAUGUUGGCAUAGAAGGAAAAAGUAAUAGAACGCAUGGUAGAGCUAAUCUACCUUGUCCUGAUUGUGAUCGUCCAAGGAUAUCAUAUGGAUGGUGUAUGAAAUGUGAAUCAAGAUGCAUGGAAAAAAACUUUUCUUUCUGGACAAGUGGAAACAGUGAAUUAGAUAAAUUAAUUCAACGUAGUCAGAUUUCAGCAGUACAAACUUGUGAUUAUUUGGAAUUUAUAAAAUUUGAAGACAUAGAAAUUAGUAAAUUAAUUGGCAGAGGAGGUUUUAGUAAAGUAUAUAAAGGUGUUUGGAUAGAUGGACCGAGAUGGAAUUGGGAUGAACUUGGGGACAUUUGGUGUCGUAGCGGGCCAAUAGAAGUUGCUCUAAAAGAACUAGAUAAUUCUCAAAUAUUAUCAUAUGAAUUCCUUGAACAGCUCAAAAAAUAUUAUCAAUGCUUGCACAAUGGGACAAUGGCAGACUGUUUUGGAAUUACAAGAAAUAAUGAAACUGGCUGUUAUUUGUUCGUUAUGCGAUAUUAUGAAAAUGGUAACCUUUACGAAUUUCUUGAUAGAAAUAAAGGAAUUAUUAGUUGGAGAGAUAUGGUGGAUAUGUUAUGGGGAAUUGCGAGUGAAGACCUUAGAUCUGAAAUGCCAGCAGAGUAUCAUGACCUGAUGACUCAAUGUUGGGACUUAUUACCAGAAAAUCGACCGACAGCAAGUAAAUUAAAUGAAACAUUGGGUAAUUGGAUUUCUGACAUUUGUGAUAACCCAAAUCCUUCAGAAAUUUCAAAUAGUUUCGGCGAUGCAGAAGAGAAAAGGUGGGAACUCAUCGGUAAACAAAACGAAGAAAAAAAAUUUCCAUCCAAUUUUGUUCACGAGGAGGCUAUUUACACUAGUCGUAUCUUUGACUUUUCUAAAUUAAGACAAUUUAAUUAA